GCUAGGGAAAAAAGAAAGACAAAAGGAGAAAAUUAUUUCCAUGCAAAACAUUUUACCUCUCACAACUUCUGAAAAUUUGUAUGAUUCUUAAGCGGACGAAAUGUGUGGAUUCGAUAAACUCAAGGGGCCGCGACGACUAAUGAAGAAAGGAAUAACACUGAUUUUCGUUGGCCACAUAAACUUACUCUUGGGUGCAAUUGUUCAUGGCUGCAUUUUGCGUCAUAUUUCUAAACCGAACGAUAAAAUCACGACCGAAUACUCUGCUGCCAACGUAAUAUCUGCGACUUCAGGACUGCUGAGUAUUGCAACUGGCAUCAUUGCUGUUUUGGUGUCUAAAAAUCUCUCUAUUUGGAAAAUGCAUGUGGGUCUUCUGGUAUCAUCUUUCCUGAAUGCCCUGUUGUCUACUGCCUGCUGUGUGGGUCUGCUCCUGGCCAUCACUCUCACCAUUGAAGGGAACGGUCACAGUCUUAUGGUGGGCUGCAACUCCACUGGCCUUCCCAUCAGCCCCCACUCGUCUUUCAUGACAGACUGCCCCUUUGACACCACCCGCAUUUACGACACCACUCUGGCCUUGUGGUUUCCCAGUGCACUGCUAGCAGCAGUGGAAGCAGGACUGUCCAUCUGGUGCUUCAUAGUAGGGCUAACUCUGAGGGGCCUUGGGCCCUGCAUGCACACCUAUCUAAGAGAGCAGCUUGAAGAAGAGGCCAUGGCCAUCAGAAUGGGGACAGACUCAAAUUUUUUCUCUCAUCAGCUCAUUGGACCCCAAUCUGUUAACUAAUGAACAAGAACUCUGGAAGCCUGUGUUCCCUAUCUUAGAAAAACCACAAGACAACGAGCAGUUACAUUUCAGGAGGACUUCUUUUGCCUGUAGAUUUAGUCAAGGUUCCAAAUCUGAUUGUGUAAUAUAAUAUAUUAUAAUAUAGUAUGUAUGCUUUGCACACUCCUUGUCUGCACUGGCCAUAGAAAAACUUCUUCAUACAAGGAUUUGAGACUUGUCUUCAAUCAGAGGCAAAUAUUAUUACAAAACUGCCUGCAUGUAUAUGAGGCAUUCGACCAGACAUGUAUUUAAUCAGCAGUAAAUCAGCAUUCAUACUAUUUUGUUUUAAAUGAAUCAAAUUGUCUAAAAUGUUUUUAUCGGGAUGAGGGGAAUGUGAAUACAUUUCAGUUCAUUUUAAUUUGGUCUACAGACAUACAUAAGAUGCCUUCAGAGAAUAACAUUUCUCAUUCACAAAACUGUUCACAGUUCCCCCCACCCUAUAAUCAGUAUUUUGUAAAUAGGCCUUUGGCAGCAAUUACAGCAGAAUGUACAGCUGCAGAACAGAAUGCCCUUCUUGUGUUUCACUAUACAAAUAAAAUGUCCCAUUCUGUUGUU